AUGCUGGAUAUUUGGACCUCGAGACAGAAAGUUUCAGUUAUUGGAUUUACAGCACAAUACGAGAAGGAUUGGAAGAUUUGUCAAUCUACCUUGGGAUUUAAAGAAUUCUCUGACUCCCACACGGCAGAAAACAUUAAGAUUAAGAUUUCCACUAUAACCGCUGACAACGCAUCCAAUAUCCUGUCGGCCUUCAAAAUUAAAGAUAUUGAUGUAGACGAAGACGACGAAAACAGUCAAUGGUUUCAUCAACCCGACGAGGAAAACGAGGAUGAAUCCUUACCCAACGUACAAAAUUGUGGUUUCCCUAGUGCUUUACCAAGAAAUUCCUGCCUUGCACACUUGCUUCAACUUGCCAUCCGUGACGCCAUAUCGGAAAAUGAUUUUGUAGUCAGUUUAAUUAAGGAUGUUAAUGGAAUUGUCAGAUUUUUCCAUAAAAGCACACAUUAUUAUUCGAAACUAAAAAAAAUAAAUGGCGAUCUCAGCUUAAUUAAGCCAUGCACAACCAGGUGGAAUUCGCAAUAUCAUUGUUUGAAAAGGAUAUGUACCCACGGAAAGAAUAAGGAGCCAAUGAUUUCUUCUAUAAACCAGAUCUUGAAGGAAGCUAAAGCUGAAAAAAAAUCAGGGAAAGGCAAAAUACCAAAAUGUAUUACCAAGGAGAUGGAAGAAAUGAUGUUCGAAAUUUUGAAGUUGCUACAGCCGUUUGCCAAUCUCACUGAUGCUUUGCAGGGAGAUGACGUAACAUCUUCACUCGUGAUUCCAGGUUUAUUGGAUGCCGUGAAAGAUGCGGACAAUCACGUUUUCACUAAGCACGAAAGUCAACUGCUGGGAUUCAAAGCCUCUCUCGUUACUUCAGUUGUUCAGAGGUUUACCACCAAUAAGGAUAGAGGGGAAAGGAUCUUGAACGCUGACGGAAAAACUCGCAAUAUAGUUACAAUUGACGCCAUGAGCAGCAAAGCAUAUAUUUUAGCAGCUGUAUUAGACCCUCGCAUAAAGACUCUUCCCUUUCAAGGGCAUGCAAAUGGUACACCAUUCGAACAAAAAUUCCCUACCCGUGACAACGUGAUUGACAUGUUAAAAAAUGAAAUGAUGGAACACUAUAUUUCUACUGUUGAAGUUGAACAAGAAGCUACGGCAGCUCCAGUAAAAAAAAGUCAAAACUAGGAUUUUUUGAGAAAAUUAA